AUGACGUCCUUGCCCUCCGGCACUGUUGACAGUGUGCUGGGGCUGCUGCGUGAAAAGCAGUCGAAAUCCGAGUUGCCUGCCGGAAAAGCUGCCGGAGGAUCUGACGUGAGUUCGACCACUGCUUCCUCUAGUGCACAGAAGAAGCAAAAGACUAAAACUAAGAAGGCACCAGAGCCAGUAGAACCAGAGCCAAAAGUAGUAGAAGAAACAGUUGAGGGAGAACCCUUCUACACUUGGGAUGAAAUUGAGUUCCUCAUGAGGGACAUGAAGCUGACCCGGGAGGAGGCAGCCCAGGUCUUGACGGACAUCGUUGGCCCCGACCCUGAUGCACCCGAGCCACCUGCUCCAGUGCCCAAAGCAGCCAAGGCCAAAGCUUCCAAAAAGAAGCCUGUGGACGGGGGAGAGGGUGAAGAGACUGAGGUGGUUAAGGGAGGCAAGAAGUCAGAGAAGACAAAAGAAAAGGCUAAGGCUAAGGGAGAAGAGGGAGACAAGAGUGAGAAGGAGGUCAAGGGUAAGAAGGCGAAGAAGACAGAUGAAGAAGAAGACACGGCAGAGAAUGAAGGCAAGAAGAAGACCCAGAAAGAGAAAGGUAAGAAGGUUAAGAAGACUCCACCCCCGGAGGAUGCUGAGGACACUGGUGGGGAUGCUGGU